AUGGCGGAGAAGAAUAGUCUAGGAAAGGGUGGCCUGGAGACAACCGUGUCACAAAGUGGAAGCUUGAAGGAGGGCGAAAUCAAGGACCUGGAUCAGGCUGAAGUAUUCCUUCGAACGAAUGACAUCUCGCACGAUGAUCUCAAUGCCAUGCUGGCAGACACUGCCGGCAUCAAGAAGCUGGUCAAGAAAGUUGAUUGGAUGCUGAUGCCGCUCCUCUGCGGUACGUAUCUGCUCCAGUAUAUCGACAAGCAGUCUCUGUCAUAUGCGGCCGUCUUCGACUUGUUCGAGAGUACCAAUACAACGCAGAAGCAGUAUAGCUGGCUUGUGAGCAUUUUCUACUUUGGCUAUCUUGUCGCAGAAUGGCCCAUGUCGUAUGUUGCGCAGAAGCUACCGACUGGUACUGUAGUGUCCGUGGCCAUCAUUUGCUGGGGCAGCAUUCUCAUGAUCAUGGCAUCGAGCCACAAUUUCGUCGGACUAGCCAUUUGCCGAUUCCUGCUCGGCUGCUUCGAGUCGCUGAUCACGCCAGUUUUCAUGAUGAUCGUCGGCCAGUGGUAUCUUCGCAAGGAGCAGUCUUCUCGAGCCGGACUGUUCUACUGCUUCAAUGGUGUCGGCGCAUCGGUCGGUGGGAUUCUGUUUUUCGCGGUUGGUCAGGCCAAGGGCUGGGACGUGUGGAGAAUCAUAUUUCUCCUCGCCGGUGGGUUGACAGUGUGCUGGGGUGUCAUGAUGCUAUUCUUCCUGCCGAACAACAUCAUGACGGCGAAGCGCUUUAGCUCGCACGAAAAAGCCACGCUGAUCGCUCGAGCGCAGCAGAACCAAACCGGUGUCUUCAACGCGACCAUUAAGAUGGGUCAGGUCAAGGAGGCAUUGGUUGAUCCUCAGGUCUGGCUACUUUUCUUCUUCGUACUGCUCAACGAGACGGUGAAUGGCGGUCUGGCGAACUUCUCCAAGCUCAUUAUCAAGGGCUUGGCCGGGGGCAGACCGCUUCUGACGACGGCGUACGGCAUACCGACAGGAAUGUGGCAGGUUUUCUUCGUCUUCGGAGGUCCUUGGUUGGCGAGUAAAUUCAAGAACAUUCGAACGUACAUCAUGGCGUUGUACGUGUGCCCAACGAUUCUUGCGACGGCUUUGCUGUGGCAGCUUCCGCACACCGCAGAGCAUAACAAAGGCCUAUUGGUUUGCAACUACAUUUCGGGGGCAUACGUGGCUUCUCUUGUCAUCGCUCUCCAGCUGCCUGCAAACAACGUCGGCGGGUACAGCAAGCGAGUUACGGCGACGGCGCUGGUCUUCCUCGCAUACUGCGUGGGCAAUAUCAUCGGACCGCAUGCUUUCCUCCAGAGCGAGGCACCGACCUAUUCCACGGGAUGCACGGUAACUAUGGCAUGUGCUUCUGGCCAAAUCGUGCUGUCGUUCAUCAUCCGGGCGAUGCUGAUACGGCGGAACAGGAAGCGAGAUGCUAUGUAUGGACGGGCGCCAGAAGGUGCGCAGCUCACGGAGGGCAUCAUGGAGGACAAGACGGAUUUCGAGAACCCAGCCUUCCGUUACUCAUACUAG